AUGGACGGAGCCAAGAAUGACAUUUGUAGCGCCUUACUGGAGGCGGGCGGGGGGGCGACGCCUGAAGCUUCUCGGAACGAAUGCGUUGUCAGAGUCUUCGAGCUGCGGAGAAUGCUUGAAUCGACUGCAUGUCAGACGACGGUGGAGCCGAUAGAACCUCCAUUAGUUCUUGAGACACAUCGAGGCUUUCUGCUGAAGGAAAUGGCAUGGAUGGCCGCAGACUUCAGGGUAGAAAGCCAGCCACCGGUGUUCUUGUACUUUUCUUUUAGUUGCAGCUAGUUCUUACUUUUAGGGAAGCGACACAAUAUAAUGCGAAAGAAACGAUCAAAGGUCCUGGCCAUCUCAAACUCAACCGAUGAACUCUAGCUCAAUUAUAGGCCGUUGUGCAACACUUCCGAGGGGCGAGGGGCCGUGCACAGAAACAAGAACGCGAACACCAGGUAAGUCAAAGUUUGCAGGCUAAAUUUAGUUCGAUCUCAUAAACCGUCAGGUAUCAAAAAAAAAGUUGGCCCAGCGGGCAUCACGCUUGAUUAAAAAGUUCUGGGUAAAAAUUGAUCGGGUCAUUGCGCACAAGCAACGGUUGGCUUGGCAAGCGUCACAACGAGCAGCGAUGGAUAAGCACUUAGUCGAACUUAUACGCCAGACGGAACAGUACACUGGAGAUCUAGCGGAACGCAUGCACGGUGGAGGAGCAAGCAGCUUUGGUGGGCUAGUGACAUCAAAACAAAUAGUACCACCACAUCGCAGCCAGACUGAACCUAUAAAUAUCCGCACUAGCGGGAAGAGCUCGAGUCUAAUGGCACAGUUGGAGGCAGCAGACGCGCGUGUGCGAGAGGCAGAGGUCGCUCGACCAUAUUUACUCGAUAGUACUGUCAUGUUGAGGCCUUACCAACAGAUUGGUCUUAAUUGGCUUGUGUCAAUGCAUGAGCGACGAUUGAACGGCAUCCUUGCAGAUGAGAUGGGGCUCGGCAAAACUUUGCAGACAAUAGCCCUCCUGGCACAUCUUGCGGCUUGUAGAGGUCUAUGGGGUCCGCACCUUGUUGUUGUUCCGACUUCGUGCCUCGUGAACUGGGAGCUGGAGCUGAAGAAGUUUUGCCCUGGUUUCAAAGUGCUCACCUAUUAUGGUGCAGCUAAGGCCCGCAAACAACUGCGGGUAGGCUGGUCGAAAUCAUUAUCUGUGCAUGUUGUAGUGACAUCAUAUCAACUUGCUGUUCAAGAUGCUUCGAUCCUCCGCCGCAAGAAAUUCUACUAUCUCAUUCUUGAUGAAGCUCAUAACAUCAAAAACUUUGACAGUCGAAGAUGGCGCACACUUCUUUCAUUCCAGGCGCAACGGCGAUUGCUACUGACAGGCACACCGUUACAGAAUUCGCUAAUGGAGCUUUGGUCUUUGAUGCAUUUCCUAAUGCCUCAUCUAUUUCGGUCACGACACGAAUUUUCUUACUGGUUUGCAAAUCCGCUUCAGUGUGCCAUUGAAGGAAAUUCCAACAUAUCUGAGGACCUAGUUAAGCAGCUCCAUUCAAUUAUGCGUCCAUUUGUCUUGCGUCGUCUUAAGAAGGAUGUCGCUAAACAAUUGCCUCUUAAAUUUGAACACGAACUCAAGUGCCAACUUUCGAGACGUCAGCAGUUACUCUAUGAGGAGUUUAUGAAUCACAGCAAAGGUCGUCGCGUUGCCUCAGGUAAAUAUGGUAUCUGCGGUAGUAGCUUCGUGUCACUAAUGAACAUUGUGAUGCAGCUGCGAAAGGUGUGCAAUCAUCCCGAUCUAUGUGAGCCACGCUCUGUUUUGGCACCUCUUGUUUUGCCAGGUUUGUCAUUUGGAAUUCCCCUGAUGCUGUCUGGACUUACCUGUUUGCGUGGCAUCUCGUGCUGCGUGGAGGAUGCCAGGUGCACCUCUUGUAUGACCACACUGCCUGCAUCGGCAUUUCUUGUACUUAGUGAACAUUGUUUAGUAAGCUCACCACGGUCCUCUAGCAACUUGCCUAUGUCAAGCCACACGUUGACGGGUAGAUUACUUGUCAAAAACACUAUUGCUAUGAUGUUACGCCACACAGCGAGAUGCACGCGCGCGCUAGAUGCUACACUACCUUCUCAUCUUUCAUCUUGUACACUCCACUUCAUCUUACAGGUUUUUGAAUCAUCUACGCCUCUUGCAUUGGCUUGGCAAUCUCUCAUUCAUCCAAAUGAUAGUAGGCUCCAUUCAAAUAGGCAAAGCCUAAAGGCAUCAGACACAUUGCGAAGACACCUGGAGCAUCAAGCUACGGUGAACGCCCGAUAUUGGAAUCUUUUUGACUUACUAAAGCGCUUUGCAUUUGUAGUACCAGCAGCCCUAGCCAGUGCCCCUCUCUUCACAUUCAGAGAACAAAACAAAGUUUUGUCUGGGGUGUCUACCAACAUUGCUGCUAAAGUUACCGCCGCCUUCUUGCCAAUACGCCACAUUACACUCGCAUUGCGCGUGUCAUUUCCCGAUAGGACACUUUUGCAAUGGGACUCGGGAAAAUUUCAUGAGCUCGCACCAUUGUUAAGGCGCUUAAAAAUUCAGAAACAUCGUUGUUUGAUUUUCACUCAGAUGUCUAAGAUGCUUGAUGUGCUACAAGGCUUUCUAUGCUGGCAUGGACAUAGUUAUCUUCGUCUUGAUGGCGGCACUUCACCAGAUGAACGGCAGCGAUUGAUGACUCGUUUUAACUCAGACACAGCUGUGUUCUGCUUUUUGCUCUCGACCCGUUCUGGAGGACUAGGUGUUAAUCUUACGGGUGCGGACACCGUCAUCUUCUAUGAUAGCGACUGGAAUCCAGCGAUGGAUGCGCAGGCUAUGGACCGCGCACACCGAAUUGGGCAAAGUCGCGAUGUCCACAUCUAUCGACUUGUUUGCACCUCGACAAUUGAAGAAAAUAUCCUCCUCAAAGCUCGGCAAAAGCAGAAGCUUGAGCUUAUUACUCUCACGGAAGGGAAUUUCUGCAGCCAGCUGCUCAACACGGAAGGAGAUAAUGAUCAGAGAAAAGCACCGGCAAAAGAGGACGACGCCAAGCUCGCAGCUACCAUGGCCGAACUUGAAGAUGAAAUCGACGCCAAAUGUGCACGGGAAGCGGCAGCCGAAGCAGCCUCCGAAUCUCGUGAGUUCGAAGAGCCCUGUACCGAAAUUGGAGCGGACAAAGGGGCUGCCUUUGGAGUGGGCGCGGUGGCGCGAGGACCAGAGACUGUGUCAUGGAGAGAACAAAUCGGGAUGGAUAUUGGCACAUUGACGAGGUCUUUGAGCGCUGUUGAGCGAUACGCUAUUUUGAUCCGCGAGGCUCAAAUUUCGAAAGUUCCUUUAGCGGCUGCAGAAGAAUCUUUCUUAGUACCAGCUGAGCGCAGGCUUGUAGCAACGAUUAAAAAAAAAGAAUGGGAAGGGGGCGCGGGUGCCAAAACAACCGAAGGCCUUCAACAGAUAGAGGAACACCGUGCUUGUUCAGAAGGUGAACUAUCAGCGACUGAUUUGUAUUUCAUCCCUAAAACUAGAGCCGGCACAUCGUCUAGUGUCCCUGAAAAUUCCAACAGGCGGGAAUUCCUCGAACGCCGCCAGCUUGCACAGUCAGCCAAGCGCAAGCGCAAGUGCACGGGCGCUGCGUGGGAAGUUCGCACGGAUGCUAUUACUGGCAGUCCUUUCUGGUACAAUGUAGACACAGCAGAAGCCACUUGGAUGAAGCCAUUUGUCAUUCAGCGUCGCGAUGCCCGGCGAGGAAGUUGAAAUUUGAAGGGUGUCUUUUUAGUUGAGAUUUUUUCGUGAAGAUAGAGAAUUAUCAUGGUUUAUUCUACACAGGCGACGCCUAUCUGCAGGCGUGCCAGGGUGGGUAUAGCCAUUGGCCCCGAGAAAUUUCGUUCCUCUUCAUCGCAAUGUGUGAGCCAAUUCCCACACGUUUGACUUGCGCACUCGUGUGCCAAAAUUGGGCCCGCGCCUGCCGCGAGGAUAAUCUUCUUGUUCGAGUCUUACCUGCGAACAGCCCAACCCCAACCCUGACUCAUAGGGACCAACAAUCUUCACAACCACCUUGUAAACGCCACACCUCACUAAGUUGCGCGUUGAAGUCGGUAUUGCCGGGAGAAACUCUUAUUCUUGGGCCCGGUCGUUACUGGGAGAGAUCAAGCCUCUUCAUCGACAGCAAAAUCCGCAUUGUUGGAGAUUUAAACAUGCCAGAGCGGGUUCUCAUUGAGCUCAACAACGCACUGGAAUGGCGCGGUCGCUCCGGUGCUCUUAUUGGUAUCACAAUCCACCGCUUGCAGUCACGGGGUAUCACAAACUCAGCACUUGUUGUUAAAGGUGGUCAUCUUGUUUGUCAUCGUGUGGUAGUGGAUUGCUCUGGGGCACCUGGCGCUGCGAUAUCUCUUCACAAAGGUUUGUCUCCUGGCGCUUGCCCAUUUGUGUUGUAACCCAGAAUACUCUAAUGCGAGCAGGCGCAAGUUUGCACGUCAGCUGCUCCAUUGUGGUGAGUGCCACUGCCGCCGGGGUGUUCGUCUACCCUGGUGCCAAGGCUACGUUCUCACUAUGUGAUAUUAAGAGCAAUAAUCACUGUGGUCUCUGUGUGGCACCCAACGCAAUUUGCUUUCUCAGCAACUGCAACCUCACAAGAAACGGUGUAGCUCAGGUGGCUGUGAGAAGCUUCCCGCGCUUAACUUGACAAGUGCUCAUAUGAUUUGAUCAACACGACUCGUAGGCAUUUGCCAAAUCUGCUGUUGUCCUCAAACGAGUGCUACUCUCUAGUGAUAUAACGAGUGCCGCUCUCAUUGUUGAUCAUGAUGCUCAUGUAUUCACAAAGAAGAAUAUUGUAGACAGUGACACUGGCACUCCCAAUGAUUUUAGGGAGUAUAGACAUUGAAAUAAGGCGCCUUCUGCAUCGCGUUGCCACACAACAAGGUCUACACACAACAAGGUUUCAGACUACGUCGCCGGCCAUAGCACCGCCAGCACUGUCUUCAUUGGGUUUACUGAGUCUAGCACGUGCUCGUUCAAUAACGGCAUGAUAGUAGAAAACAGAACUUGAAUAAGCCUCAGGCUCAGGAGCUUCUUUUGACGAGGGCAAAAAAGUCACGGUCACGGUGUAGUAAAAUUAAUCGGCCGGGCCCACCGGGUGGGGGGUAUUCUAGAGGUAUAUUCCUUGCCACUGGCAGUGCAGUCUAGAAGUCACGGUGCAGUCCUCUGGCCCCUUGAUCAUCACUCCCCCUUGAUCAGUUGGGGAGGUCCAUCAGGGGAGUUUAGCAUUUAAUCGACCUGUCGGAGCACCAUUUGGCGCUCAGUUGGCCCAAGGUUUUUUUAUUCCGGCUCAGCCUGUGGUUCUUAGCUCAGUUGGGGAGGUCCAUCAGCCGAAGCUAGCCUAAUUACCCUCAUCUAGUAGCUUUAUCAAACAUUUUAUCGGCUCGCUGGGCCGGCCGGCGGCGGCAAGGC